AUGGCGGCGACGCUGGUCCGGGCCUCCGGGGGGAUCGGACCUCCUACGCCUGCCCGAUCCUCCUACUUCUCCUCGCACUGCUCCUUGCUGUCCCCGCUCGCGGCCAUCUCCAACGCCUCCUCCCACGCCUACGCCUUCGCGUUUUUUUGCUUCUGCUUGCUUGCUUGCUAUGCUCUUGAAGUUGUGUGGCCUUGUCUGCACCACCGCCCGUUGAUUAGAAUGCAUGUUCCGGCAGUCCACGCAUCGAUCACUGGCAAAUUAAAAAGGCAUGAACGCACUAAACAGAAAUUCUGUGUAGAUGAUUCUUGUAUAUGGCAGUGGCACACGCGCUGGUUGAUGAAGCCGCUGGGCCGGAAGGCCCUCUCAUUGCCAUGCUAA